AUGCCGCGACGCGAUGACCUGCAGACCAUUCUGCUGAUCGGAUCGGGACCCAUUGUCAUUGGGCAGGGAUGUGAGUUUGAUUAUUCAGGGACACAGGCGUGUAAAUCGCUGAAAGACGAGGGGUAUCGGGUUGUUCUGGUCAACUCGAAUCCAGCGACGAUUAUGACGGAUCCCGCGUUCGCGGAUCGGACAUACAUCGAGCCGAUUACUCCUGAAUCGGUCCGGAAGAUCAUCGAGAAGGAAAUCGAGCUUGGGACCCCGAUCGAUGCGGUGCUCCCGACGCUGGGGGGGCAGACGGCACUCAACUGCGCGUGCGAGAUGAGUGAUCAAGGGAUCUUUGAAGAGUUCGGGAUCGAGAUGAUCGGCGCGGAUCGGAAGAUCAUCCAUCGCGCCGAGGAUCGUCAGGUGUUCAACGACAUCUGUGACGAGAUCGGUCUGGCGACUCCGGAGUCGAAAACCGUUGAGUCGCUGCAGGAGGCGCUUGGGUUUGCUGAGGAGAUCGGUCUUCCCGCGAUUGUGCGUCCGGCGUUCACGCUCGGCGGAUGGGGAGGUGGGAUCGCGUACAACCGCGCCGAGUUCGAGGAACUUGUCACGCGUGGCAUCAACGCGUCGAUGAUCGGACAGAUCCAGAUCGACAAGUCGCUCAUCGGAUGGAAGGAAUACGAACUCGAGGUCGUGCGCGACAAGAAGGACAACUGCGUCGUCGUGUGCUCGAUCGAGAACAUCGACGCGAUGGGUGUGCACACUGGGGAUUCUGUCACCGUCGCGCCGUCGCUGACUCUGACAGAUAAGGAAUACCAGGUCCUGCGUGACGCAUCGCUGGCGGUGAUGCGUGCGGUCGGGGUGGAGACUGGCGGAUCGAAUGUGCAGUUUGCGGUCAAUCCGAAUCCGGAGCCGACCUCGGAUGGAUCGGAACCGUCGUUCGAGUUUGUGGUGAUCGAAAUGAAUCCGCGUGUCUCGCGUUCGUCGGCGCUUGCAUCGAAAGCGACGGGAUUCCCGAUCGCGAAGAUCGCGGCGAAGCUCGCGGUGGGAUACACGCUCGAUGAGCUCCGCAACGACAUCACUGGGACGACGAGCGCGUGCUUUGAGCCGACGAUUGAUUAUGUCGUGACGAAGAUGCCACGCUGGACCUUCGAGAAGUUCCCGGAAGCGGAUGAAACGCUGACGACGCAGAUGAAAUCGGUCGGCGAAGCGAUGGCGAUCGGACGCACCUUCAAAGAGUCGCUGCAAAAAGUGAUCCGCUCGAUGGAGGUCAAACGCUUCGGGCUCGGACUUGACAAGAACGACAAAUGGCUCGCUUCUGAACGCUCGGUGGAUGGGAAGCUCCCCGACGGAAGCGAAGUUGAAUGGCCGAUCCAUGAAGACACACUGACGCGCAAGCUGUCGGUCCCUUCCCAAGGGCGUUUCUACUUCAUUCGCUAUGCGAUGAAGAUGGGAUGGAGCAUCGAUCGGAUCUAUGAACUCACGCGGAUUGACAAGUUCUUCCUCUAUCAGUUCCAAGAACUCGUCCAGUUCGAGGAUCGGCUUGUUGAAGCGAAGGAACUCGCUCAUGUCGAUCGCGACCUGAUGCAGCGAGCGAAAGAACUCGGAUAUUCCGAUGCGCAGCUGGCGCAUCUGUAUCUCGGAAAUAUCAGUUCGGAGACGAUCCUCAAGGUCCGCAACCAUCGCAAGUCGCUGGGAGUCGAGGCGGUGUUCAAGUGCGUGGACACCUGCGCUGCUGAGUUUGAAGCGAUCACCCCCUACUACUACUCCACCUAUCAGCGAGGAACUCGCAAGGUUGGUGAGGAUUGGUCGGUGCAGGAAGUCCCUGCGCAAUGUGAGCUGCGGGAUCGGUUGCUCGCGGAGAUUGAUCCGAAACAAAAGAUCAUCAUCCUCGGCGGCGGUCCAAACCGCAUUGGCCAGGGAAUCGAGUUCGAUUACUGCUGCGUCCACGCGGCACAAUCCGCACAACAACUUGGAUACGACGCGGUGAUGAUCAACUCAAAUCCUGAGACAGUCUCGACGGAUUACGACACGAGCGACCUCUUGUUCUUUGAGCCGUUGACGCUUGAGGAUGUGCUCAAUGUGACGGAGAAGCUGUCGCAGAAUCUCAAGGGAACUGUGGUUCAAUACGGCGGACAGACGCCGUUGAAUCUGGCGCAUGGUCUGGACCUUGCGGGUGUACCGAUGCUUGGAACGGCGCUGGAAGCGAUUGAUCGAGCGGAGGAUCGUGACCGGUUUGAUCAGUUGCUGACCAAGCUGGAUCUUCGUCGUCCUGGAUCAGGGAUCGCGCGUUCGAUCGAUGAAGCGAUCGAGAUCGCGGGUCGGAUCGGGUAUCCGGUGCUUGUGCGUCCGAGUUAUGUGCUUGGUGGUCGCGGGAUGGAGAUCUGUUCUGAUGAGUCGGCGCUGAGGCACUACAUGCUGACAGCCGUAGAUGUGUCGGGGCUCGAUGAUGCGCCGAUCCUGAUCGAUCAGUUCCUGAGCAGCGCGACGGAGCUGGACGUCGAUGUCGUCGCGGACUUCCGAGAUGGUACGGGCGAGGCGUUCGUCGCGGCGGUCAUGGAGCACAUCGAGCAAGCGGGUGUGCACUCUGGGGAUUCGACCUGCAUGAUCCCGACGACGACGAUCCGACCAGUGGUACUUGAGCAAGUGAAGGACACCGCUCGUAAGCUCGCGAAGGAGCUCAAGGUCUGCGGUCUCAUGAAUGUACAGAUGGCGAUCAAGGACGACGAGGUGUACAUCAUCGAGGUCAAUCCGCGUGCGUCGCGGACGGUGCCGUAUGCAGGGAAGUCCAAGGGUGUUGCGUGGGCAUCGGUCGCGGCGAAGGCGAUGAUGGGAGUCUCACUGAUCGAGCAAGGAACGAAAGAGAUCCCAGAUGCUGGGUACUUCACAGUGAAAGCACCAGUGUUCCCGUUCCGCAAGUUCCCAGGCGUGGACUUUGUGCUCGGACCUGAGAUGCGAUCGACGGGCGAAGUCAUGGGUGUCGAUGUGUCGCUCCCCAACGCGUAUCUCAAGGCGAUCGAGUCUGCCGGGAUUUCACUCCCCAAAGACGGCGGCGUGUUUGUGUCUGUUCGACAGGAAGAUAAACCCGCGAUGAUCCCGAUCGUGCGUUCGCUGAUGGCGAUGGGGUUCACGGUGUUUACUACACAAGGCACCGCGGAUGAACUGGCGCGGCACGGACUGCGUCCGAAAGUCUUGCAGAAAAUCCAAGCGGGCGCACGUCCCAAUGUCAUCGACCUCAUGCAGAACGGCGAGAUCCAACUGGUCAUCAACACACCAACACGCACAGGAUGGCAAACGGAUGAGGGACGCAUCCGUGCGACGGCUGUGCGAUUGGGGAUCCCGAUGAUCACGACGGCGACCGCCGCGGGGCAAGCGGUGCAUGCGAUCGAGGCGCUGCGUGCGGGAUUCUGGGGAGUGCACGCGUUACAAGACCUCAGCGGUCUCAAUGCAUCGCUUAACCACGCGCAUUCUUGA